AUGUCUCGCGCAGGUCCAGAAACAUCAAAACGGCUACAGGCCGACCCUUCAUGCAUUAGAAAUAUUUGCAUUUUAGCACAUGUUGAUCAUGGUAAGACAUCGUUGUCAGACUCCCUUUUAGCAUCUAACGGCAUCAUAUCUCAGAAACUAGCAGGGAGAGUUAGAUACCUAGACUCACGACCUGAUGAACAGCUAAGAGGUAUUACCAUGGAAUCAAGUGCCAUUUCUUUAUAUUUCAGAGUACUGCACAAGCAAGAAAGUUCAGAUGAACCACUGGUGAACGAACAUUUGAUUAAUUUAAUCGACUCUCCAGGUCACAUUGAUUUUUCAAGUGAAGUCAGUGCUGCAUCGCGUUUGUGUGAUGGUGCUGUUGUUUUGGUAGAUGUAGUGGAAGGUGUGUGUUCCCAAACGGUCACUGUCUUACGUCAAUGCUGGAUUGAGAAGUUGAAACCAAUACUAGUGUUGAAUAAAAUCGAUAGAUUAAUUUCAGAGUGGCAGUUAACCCCUCAGGAGGCCUAUGCACAUUUAUCAAAAGUUAUUGAACAAGUGAAUUCAGUCAUUGGUUCCUUUUUUGCUGGUGAAAGAUCCUUAGAUGAUGAAUCAUGGAGAGAGAGGUUAGAACAGAAUAUCGAUGCAGAAUACGUUGAAAGGGAUGACUCUGACCUAUAUUUUAAUCCAAUGGAUAAUAACGUCAUAUUUGCCUCCGCUGUCGAUGGCUGGGGAUUUAAUAUAGGUAGAUUUGCCAAAUUUUACCAGGAGAAACUUGGAGCCAAACGUGAGAAUCUACAAAAAGUUCUUUGGGGCGACUUUUACAUGGAUCCAAAGACCAAGAAAAUUAUCAACCAAAAAGGCCUUAAAGGUAGAAAUCUUAAACCAUUGUUCGUCAGUUUGAUAUUAGACAAUAUUUGGAUGAUUUAUGACAAUAUUUUGAAUCAGCAUGAUCCCGACACUUUAACUAAGAUAACGAAUGCAUUGAAUAUAAAAAUACAACCCCGUGAUAUAAGAUCGAAGGAUUACAAGAAUUUACUUAGAACUAUAAUGGGUCAAUGGGUCCCAGUUAGCACAGCAGUUCUUCUCAGUGUUGUCGAAAAAUUACCUUCUCCUGUUGAUUCUCAACGCGAGAGAAUCGACACACUCCUUGGAAAUUCGGUUGGCUAUGAAUUGACCGAUAAAGAUUUGAUUGAAGGUGUUAGGAAAUGUGAUAAAAUAGCACCGGUAUGCGCAUAUGUCUCUAAAAUGCUCUCGAUACCAAAAGACGAAUUACCCCUUCAGGCAGCAGGUGGCCCAUUAUCUAUAGAUGCAGUAAUUGCAAGAAGCAGGAAGGCACGUGAGGAAGCCAUGAAGGCGGCAAAACAAGCUGAAAUGUUGGAUACAAUGAAGAAAAAGAGCCUUGACCAAGAUGAAACUCACAAACAAAAUAAAGAUGAUGCUUUCGAAAGAGUUUUCGACUCAACCGUUACCCCAGAUAUUGAUGUUAUUAAAGCCAAUGCUAUCAAAUCUAAGCAAGCUGUGAGAAACACUGAAAACGAUGAGAUAACAGUAGUAACAGAGGCAGCCCCCAAGUUUGAUUUGGGGAUCGAUUUCGAUUAUGAAGAUGAAGAAGCCGAAGCUAAUAUCGACACAUCUGAGGGCGGACUUGCCGAUUUCAUUCCUCAAGAUAUCGAUCCUAACGAUCCACUAGCUUCGAUGUUUGAAUAUGAAGAAGAAGAUCCUUUUGCAUCUGAAUCAGAAACUGUGGAAGACCUGAAUGCAGAUGCGGCAUCUGUCGACGAGUUCACUCUGGAAGACUCAAAUGAAAUCCUCAUUGGAUUUACCAGACUAUAUAGCGGCACGUUGAAAGUUGGUCAGCAGAUUUCUGUGCUUGGCCCCAAAUACAACCCUUCAAACCCGACAGAACAUAUAGAAACUGCGGAAAUAUCAAGCUUAUAUCUAUUUAUGGGCAGAGAUUUGGUUCCUUUGGAUGAAUGUCCUGCUGGAAAUAUUGUGGGAGUCGGCGGUCUAGCAGGUAAGCUUCUAAAAAAUGGUACGCUUAUUGAAUGUGGCGUUUCAGGUGUCAAUCUUGCAGGCCUAAAUUUACAUAGUCAACCUAUUGUUAGAGUUGCAUUGGAGCCUGUCAACCCCACACAUAUGAACCGCUUGGUCCACGGAUUGCAGCUAUUAAAUCAAGCGGAUCCCUGUGUAGAGACCUAUAUGACCGAUAACGGUGAGCAUGUUUUAUGCACAGCAGGUGAACUACAUCUUGAACGGUGUUUGAAGGACUUGAAAGAAAGGUUUGCUGGCAUUGAAAUUACUAGUUCAGAACCUGUUAUUCCAUACAAAGAAACUUUUGUAGCUAUACCUGAAAUGAAUCCGGCGAAAAAUGCAGAACUUGGCAGAGGAUAUACUCAAGGAUUUUUAGCAAACUACAGAUUAAGAUUUAGAGCGUUACCAUUACCAUCUAGUGUUAUCAAGUUUUUACUAGACAAUGAGCAUACACUAAAUGAAGUUAUGGAUAAAACGGUGGAUUCUACCCAGAAGAGUGAUAAAAGAAGCUCAUUGAUAAGUCAGUUAAAAAGUUUGUUUAAAGAGCAUGUUGAACACAGUGAUUCUACUGAAUGGAAUGAUACUUUUGAGAAAUGCGUGAACGAGAUUGCUGUUUUUGGACCUAAGUUUUCUGGACCUAACAUCCUUGUUGAUCUCACUGACAGCGUCCGCAAAUUUGAUGGCAGAUCAGGCAAGUUUGCAUAUGAGUAUUCCAUUAUUAACGGUUUCCAGCUAUCUGUUAGCGAGGGACCCUUAGCGAAGGAGCCCGUCCAAGGUAUGUGCAUUGUACUAGAGGAGAUAAAAGAAAUGACUGAAGCAGAAAUGGAUAUGAUCACAGAGGUGGGAUACCAACGUUCAAUUCCUAACUUUGCCGGUAGAUUAAUAACUAAAACAAGAGAUCUUGUACAUGAGUCCAUGAUGGACUGGUCUCCAAGAUUGAUGUGGGCGAUGUACACAUGUGAUAUCCAGGCAUCAGUUGAAGUUCUCGGUAAGGUUUAUGCUGUGGUCCAACAGCGUAGAGGUAGAAUUACGUCAGAAGAGUUGAAAGAGGGUACACCGUUUUUCCAAAUUGAAGCCCGUAUUCCAGUUGUCGAAGCAUUUGGGUUUAGUGAAGAUAUUAGAAAGAAAACCUCAGGUGCAGCCCAGCCUCAACUAGUCUUUGCCGGAUUUGAGAGUAUCGAUUUAGAUCCAUUCUGGGUACCCAAAACUGAGGAAGAGCUAGAAGAGAUGGGUGAGAUUGCAGAUAAGGAAAACAUCGCCAGAAAGUACAUGAACGACAUCAGGCGUAAGAAAGGUUUAUUUGUUGAUGAAAAGGUUAUUCAAAAUGCGGAGAAACAAAGAACAUUAAAGCGUAAUUGA